AGGGUUCAGUUUGUGAAGGAAUUUUAAGAUCUAAAGUAUAAUGCCAGAAGGAGCUUGGACAACGCAUCUUUGUGAUUGCUUUGCAGAUGCCAAUACUUGCUGCUAUGGCUUCUGGUGUUGCCCUUGCCUUGCCUGCACUGUUUCAGGAAAAUUUCAAGAGUGCUACUGCCUUCCCUUAUGUGACAUAAUGAGUCCUGCUGCAUUCACAGCCUGUGGGGUCCCCAUUUUUAUUCCCCCAGCAUCAUUGACUCUGAGGGCUUCCAUUCGGAACAGAUAUGGAAUAAAGGGUUCCAUCUGCAACGACAUGGUGGUCUCUGCUUUUUGCUUAUGGUGCUCAUGGUGUCAGAUGCAUCGUGAAUUAAAGGCAAGAGAUAAAACUACUGUCGUCAUCACACAGCCUGCACCAGCACCGGUGAUCAAUGUUCAAGCUAAUCCAGUCAUGGUGGUUAAUCAAGCCCCAGGUCUACAAUAUGCUAAUCCAAACCCUGCUCCUCCUCCUAGUGGUUAUGGAGCUCAGUAUAAUAAUCCAAACCCUCCUCCAUACCCCUAUGGUGUUUAGAGCUUCAAACUUGGAUUUAUAUUAUAAUUAAAAAGAUGUUGGUGUGGAGGAUUUUGUUCUGCUGAAAUGUACUACUAUUGUUAAUAAUUCUUACAUUAGGACUUUUGACUUUGAUUUAGACUAUAUAUGUAUAAAUGACUUAUAAAAAAUAUUGUAUGAGGAAAUUAAUUCCAAAAACAGAACAAUCAGAUGUAAGGUUUAUAAUUUGAAACUAACAUAAUUAAAAACAAAUACAUAAUGAGUGACCUGGUUGUUUGUUUUUUCUGGCCAUGAUUGUGUUUAGCUUUUUUGUACAACUGACUAUAAUUAUUAGAUAAAUUGCUUUUAUCAAUUAUCCCAAAUGCCAUUAAUUGAGAAGUAUAUGUAUCUCUAUUGUCAUAAAGGCAUUCGAUUGCAAAGUUGAAAUAGCUCAUUUCUAGUCACAUUUAUAUUUAUGGACAUCUAAAUUUGGCUUUAAGAAACUAGAUCAUAACAUAUGGUUGGUUUGUUGACAACCAUCUUCUGCCUGUGACAGACAGACAGAUAGAUGUGACUGAUGAUCAACACUGUUUAUUAUCAGGUUCUGCUGAGAAGACUGAGGGAUCAAUUAGGACUGUUGGGGUCAGUUCUACAGUGAUUCUCCUCAUAUUUGUCCGGGUCUAGCUGUAGUGUUGCUGCAAACCAAAUAAGCUCUGAGUUUGCAUAUUUGUUGUAUGGAGUACCUCAAGGUUCAGUUUUUGGCCCUGUUUUAUUUUUGUUGUUUUUGACCCCUUUGGGAAAUAUCAUCCAACAGUUUAGUGAUGUUUCCUUUCACCUAUUUGCUGAUGAUAUCCAGCUUUACUUUAAACGUCUAAAAAUCCUGAGUUGUUUUGAAUUUUGAAAAGCAAAUGAUAGAGCUUAAAUUUUUUUACUUUAACCAGCAUUUUUUUUCCUGUUUAAGUAGACCAAUUGCCUUAAUGUUCCACUUGAUAUUUGAUAUAAUAAACUUUAUUGAAAAACAUUUGAGAAGAAAAAUCAUAUAAAAUGGACAGGGAGAUGGACAGGGGCUAAGAAAGAACGAGGGGACAAUACCUGAGGGAGAGA